GGAUUCGAUAACAUGGUGCAAUACACGUUUGAGAAGACUCCAGGAGCGUACGACGGUGGCGCUCUUUGUGCUGCUGUUCUAUUCGCGUCAGAGCAUAAAUGCACAAAAUGGCUCGAUAGGCUUUUACAAAAUCGUUCUCAGUCUGAAAAUACCUCAGAUGUUGAAGGUACAGCCGUGGGCCUUGCUGCUUGGUGCGCAGAAAUGAAAGUGCUGAAAACACUUUGGAGCAAAUUCGGGACACCGCUUGCAGCACUUUAUCCCGCCGGCAUUGAUGGUCACUUAUCCUAUGUUUCCGACUCAGUUAAAACAGCUUUGUCAGAGUGGAGAACCGGAAAUCGAAAGUUGCCUUUCUGGCAUGACAACAACUCCCAUGUCACUGAACCGCUCUCGUUCAUAUUGCAGUCAUCGAGCUGGACCUCGAAGCUGCGAGAACUUGGGUAUCGCCCAGAGGAUCACUUGAUAGAUCUUUCCGUUGAUCUCAAUAGUGAGGACGUCCUUCAAAUUCAACUCUCCUCGCGUGGGCAAGAACAAGACCAUUCGCUGUUUUCUGCCGUCCAUGAUAGAGAUCUGGUACGCGUGAAGGCUUUUCUAGAUACAGGGAAAGACGUCAACUGGUCACUCUAUAUGCAUAUCUUCUGUGGGAGAAGCUUGUUACAGCAGGCUGUAGAAAAUGGAGACCUCGACAUGAUCGAUUUGCUCCUCAAAGCAGGCGCCGAGGUCAACGCGCCAGCAGCGAGUGAUUGCGGUGCCACAGCUCUACAGCUAGCAGCCAUUAUGGGAAGGGUCGGGAUCGCAAAGAUGUUAAUCGAAAAGGGGGCCGACGUCAACGCACCGCGCGCAGAACGAGGCGGUAGAACUGCCUUGGAAGGUGCGGCCGAACACGGUAGGAUAGACAUGAUUCAGCUACUCUUGAGUGAGAGAGCAGACACGGGUGGAAGAGGUCGUUUGCAAUACAUGCUAGCAAUCAAAUUUGCAGAGGAGCAGGCGCAUUGGGUCGCGGCAAACAUGCUGAGAGAAUACCGCGAUUGGACCGCCGAUGAUGACGAGUUGUGGAGCGUGUUGAAUGGCCAUCCGAAAGAUUGAAAUCAGCUCUUGGACGAAAUCAUCUUCGGUAACGAGGAACGAAUCGAUGUUGAAGAUGAAGUCGACACACCGGGAACGGCAUACGAUGAUUCCAGUCUGAAAGAUGCCGUACAAGAACUGAUAUAAACAGAGUCUACAACAAGUUGGAUGGAACAUACGACUGGCGACAAGUGGCCAUUCACAAUCGAUCCCUUAGAGUAGGCGACGUGUCAGGGGCCUAGGUUUUGGACCGUCAGCGAAUUUUGCGAAGGAGUUGCUGCAUUUAUGUCAUUUGCCAUUUAUAUACUGAUUAUACAACUGGGUUUCAUGUACUUAAGUUCGGCUCAAGUAACAGCUUGGUAGCUUCUCAUGUUCUUAAGAAUUAGG